AUGGCCACGGGAUCCGGCACAGUAAAAGCGCACAGCUUCUACGCCUACAAACCACUGGUUCGAUGCCCAGAGCCUCCGGAGGGUAUCUCUUUCGCGACUGGAUGGCACCGCUUCAUCGGGAUUCCCAACUUCUGGAUCUGCUCGAAAUGUUACGUUGACUGGAUCGAGAAGACGACGCUCGUGAAGCAUUGUGAACGCUUCUAUCAUGAUCCACUGCCUGGAGCAAAGUGUGUUUGCGACUUCAAUACCGAGCGCGCAAAGCGGCUGUUGGUGACUGCGGUCGAGGGGGGCAGAGAGAUGGAUCUGCUUGACUAUGCCUACAAGCGGUCGAGGAUCAACGCUUGCGUCGGACUAGAUGGCAUUGAAGACGGUCAUAGUCUGAAGUGGUUUGUGAACCAGGAAAUACCCGGCUUCCUGGCGUGUGAGGCCUGCUUCGAGGACUAUAUUCUUGCGACUCCAGUAGCGGAAAGGUUCGUUCCCAGAGAUGUUCGAGGUCAUCGACCGCGAGACGUCUGGUACUGCGAUCUGUCGGUUCCGUAUAUCAGGCGUAGCUUGCGCCAGCACGGCAAUCCUGGUUCGUGGCAGAGCUUCGUAGAUGCAACAAAGCAUCGGAUGACAUUACCUCGCUGUAAGAACGAAGUUGCGCUGAGGUCCCGGAAUUGGUCUCGACCGACAGACCAGAGUCUCAAGAUGCGAAUUUGCGAAUCUUGUAUGCUGGACCAUUUUGAUGGGCUGAGUCCGACGAGCAAAUUCACGAACGACAUUAUCGAAGACUUGCCAGACUACGUAGCAAUCGAGAAUUGCGAUUUCCUGAUGCCGUCCAUGCGUUAUGCGACAUCGCAGCUUCUGUCAAACUACGAUGUAUGGCAGGCUGCCGCGAUCUCCAUAGUCGAGAAACCAGAGUAUGAGAUCUCGGCGACUUGUUUUGGAGACGAAUGGUAUGUCCUUCAAGAUCCCAGAAAUCUCACGGCGGAAGUCCCCAACUUCAACGUCUGCAAGCCGUGUUAUUCUGGUCUCAUCCGACCAGCGGGCUUCGAUGCGUUCUUCCGACUGAAGGCGUAUCCCUUUGGUCUCGAUCGCACGUGUGAUCUAUGCAACGGCGGAAGCAGGAGCGCCAGAUAUAUGGAGAAGUGGCAGCAGUCGACGUUCACCGGAGAGCCCAAAGCACUGAUGGACUACGCUAGCAGAAUAUCUGCUUACCCUGUCUGCGAAGAAGGUGAGGUCGUAUACGGCCAGCCCUGGUGGGGAAUGGAUUCGUUCCUGUUCUGCAGCAGCUGCUACCAAGAGGUGGCGAAAGGCACUUUCUUCGCACCACGCUUCAGGUACAAAGGGGCAGAGUUUUCCCAUGCUCGAUGCGAUAUGCACAGCACCGAUAUGCGUCGGCGAUAUGUGCAAGCGUGCCGCCGUCGAUCUCUGGGCAUGUUCCAGGAUUACUGUGAGAGGAAUAUACGUUCUAGCAGUGGACAAAUGUCCAAUGGAUAUGGUUGA